AUGGCGGACGUGGUGGUGACUGGAUCCCGCCUUCGGUUGUAUCCCAACCAAGGUCCAUCUUCUGGGAGUCGAUACGGGGAAGUUGGUCAGGAAGGCCACCGGCUUGCGCCACGCUUGGGAGAGGGAGAUCGCCUUCCACUAGGAGAAGGUGAACGUGACAAGUCUGUACGUUCCCGAGCUGGACGAGCUGCCCCCACCCGUGCCUUUUGGAAGGACGAUCUAAGGCGAGUGCGUUAUGUAUCUCCAAACGAAUACUGGAAUGGGCUGACUCGUCGCUAUUCUCGUAAAAUUCGCUUCCCUGAGGCGGCGUAUCUGCAGAAGCCCCUCGAUGAUGCCUGUGGAAGCUACCUUGCCGACCUGGCUGCCCGUUUCCACCCCCAAACCAAGGGAAGCCUUCACCUGAGCGGUAUGCAGUGGGUGGUGAUGUAG